GGCGCUGCGGCCCGGAAGCGGAAGUGGCGCGCUGGCGGCCGGCGCUGGCGGCUCCCGCGAUGCUCUCCCUGGACUUUCUGGACGAUGUGCGGCGCAUGAACAAGCGGCAGCUGUAUUAUCAGGUGCUGAACUUUGGGAUGAUUGUCUCCUCAGCUUUAAUGAUCUGGAAGGGGCUAAUGGUGGUUACAGGAAGUGAAAGUCCCAUUGUAGUGGUACUCAGUGGCAGCAUGGAACCUGCUUUUCACAGAGGAGAUCUUCUGUUCUUAACCAACCGAAUUGAAGAUCCCAUCAGGGUGGGAGAAAUUGUGGUCUUUAGGAUAGAAGGAAGGGAAAUUCCAAUAGUUCAUCGAGUCUUGAAAAUUCAUGAAAAGCAAAAUGGAGACAUCAAAUUUUUGACAAAGGGAGACAAUAAUGCCGUUGAUGACAGAGGGCUGUACAAACAAGGGCAGCACUGGCUGGAGAAGAAAGACGUGGUGGGGCGAGCAAGAGGAUUUGUCCCCUACAUUGGAAUUGUGACUAUUUUAAUGAACGAUUACCCCAAAUUUAAGUAUGCCGUCCUCUUUUUACUGGGCUUAUUUGUGCUGGUCCAUCGAGAGUAGCCCAGUUGCACUGAAGUUCCUAGCGAAGAUGCCACGUUUUUUGUAACCAAGCGUUUUGAGUAGAGAAUGGCCUGAUGUGUGGUGAGAAAGGAAAAUGUACAUUUCAAUGCUUCUUAGCAGUUUGGGUUUGUUUUUUUACGGUGUAAGGAAGAAUGUUAAUCUCAGUAUUUCCAAUGGCUUGUCACAUUUUAGCCUUUUUGUACAUCGGUGAGUUUUUAUAUUAAAAGUCGAAGCCAAA